GCCGAGGGCAUGCUUUGGCCCAGACCGGCGUCAGCACGUGCUCGGCCGAAGCAUCACGGGCAGCCGUCCUGCCGGCCCGGCUCCAUCCCCCGAAUGGAAGACAAAGGAGUGUCCUGCUCUUCCAAGGCUCAAAUGGCGUGGUGUCACUGUCCGACUCGCGAGCCGAGACGAAGCUGCCAAGCGCCAGUUAAGGCGGAAGAAAAAGAGGCUUCCCUCGAUGCGAAUGUGCCGGCACAGGGGGAGGUCCUGCCUACCCAGGAUACUUCGCCCCAGGUUCCGCCAAUCCUCACUCUUCGCCUCCCCAGGGUGACUCUUGAUUGAUUUUUCUCAGCUCAAGAUUCGGUUCCAAGAUAGCAAGAUAGUCCGGUUGUGCAUGACUAACCCUGCCGUGCUGAUGCAUAUCUAUAGUUGGGGAAUUUAGUUGAAUUUCAAGAUCUUUGGCUGUUUCGUGCCCAGAACAGAGCAGGGGGAAGGGGGGUUUGGGGGAGAAUGUCCAGUGGGCUCAAGAACAAGAAGAAGAAGGGCCACGAGUGGGAUUUGAACGACUGGAGAUGGGAUGGCAACCUCUUCCUGGCCAUGCCGUCGCCAAACGCGGACGCUCCGUCGGGGUGCGGCAGCAGGGAGCUUGGGCGAGCAGAGGAGGGGGGCAGUUUUGGUGCUGCUGCUGCUGACAAGAGGAGGAGGAGGAGGAGAGUCACCACAGUGGAUAACCCCGAGGAGUGCAGCAACACUGCGAUUCCUCAUGAAAGGAUUGCUGUUCGGGGAGGACAGAUCGGCGAAGAAGAGGGACCUGCUAGUGCAGCAGCAGGUGCAUCUUCCAGCUCUGCUCCAUCUUGCCAAGUCGACGGCUGCCACGCGGAUCUGGGCGACGACAGGGACUACCAUAGGAGGCACAAGGUGUGUGAACCGCAUACCAAGUCGACUCUUGUUCGUAUCAGAAACAUAGAGCAUCGGUUCUGCCAGCAGUGCAGCAGGUUUCACCUUGUUCAAGAAUUUGAUGAAGGGAAGAAGAGCUGCCGCUCACGUCUGGCAACACAUAAUAGAAGGAGGAGGAAAGCCCCAGCCGAGGCUGUGAAUUCCUUGGGUGAAAAUCAGUCCUUGACCAACACCUUGCUCCUCUUAUUGAGACAACUCGCUGGACAAGAUUCUGCUGCUAGCUCAUCUGAGCAAAUCAAUGGUCCCAAUCUUUUGGUUAGUCUUUUGAAGAACCUUGCUGCUGUUGCUGGCACACAGGCAUGUCAAGAUAUGCUGAAGGAUGCAACAUCAUCAAAUGCUGGUAACUAUGUUGGGAAUCAAAGUAGACCACCAGUUCAUGCAGAAGAGCCUCCUGUGAAAAGACGUGCGCAGAAUUUUGAUCUGAAUGAUGCUUAUGUCGAGGAAGAUGAGAGCCGAACAGAUAAAAUCAUCUUCAAGCUCUUUGGUAAACAGCCAAAUGAUUUUCCUGCUGAUCUACGUGCACAGAUCCUAAACUGGCUAUCACAUUAUCCAAGUGACAUGGAAAGCUAUAUCAGGCCUGGUUGUGUAAUUCUAACUAUUUACCUUCGUCUUCCUAACUGGAUGUGGGAUAAGCUUAAUGUCGAUCCAGCUCCUUGGAUAGAAAAUCUUAUUAGCAUAUCCACCCGUGGUUUCUGGGAGAAAGGAUGGUUGUAUGCUAGGGUGCAGGACCACCUGACAUUAAGCUGCAAUGGUUUGUUCGCCUUAUUUCUCUCUUUUACAUCCUUGUUCUUUUUGUAUUUUUAUGUACGUGUGCAACCAACGGCUUCCUAUGUUUGUGGUUUCCCAUUCUUUGCAGGCAGGCUUAUGUUAGUGUCUCCCUGGCAACCUGUAAUAGGCGACAAGCAUCAGAUACUGUGUGUAACUCCCAUUGCGGCUGCUUGUAAUUCGACAGCAAACUUCUCUGUGAGAGGCUUUAACAUAGCUCAACCAGCCACAAAAUUACUCUGUAUAUUUGAUGGGAAAUAUUUAGUCCAAGAAGCAACACAAAAACUACAUGAUGAUACUAGGAUUCAGCAAGGCCCUCAAUGUUUGACCUUUUCUUGCUCCUUCCCUAUUACAAGUGGAAGGGGGUUCAUAGAGGUUGAAGAUUAUGAUCAGAGCAGCAUUUCCUUUCCCUUUGUUGUCGCGGAAGAAUCUAUAUGCUGUGAGAUUCGAAUGUUGGAGGAGAAACUGAAUAUAAUUGCAUUUGGUGAAGGAAGAAAAGAUCUGAUGGCUUCCCGCAGCCAAGCCUUGAAGUUCCUGCAUGAAAUAGGAUGGCUUCUUCAAAGGAGCCACACACGAGCUACAUCAUCUAAGGCUCCACAACAAUUUCGACAUCGUGUUGUGGGUUUUCCUGCUGCAAGAUUUAGAUGGCUCCUGUCCUUUGCAGUUGAUCAGGAAUGGUGUGGCGUCGUAAAGAUGCUGCUGGACACCUUGUUCCAGGGCAAUAUCGAUAUCGCCUCACCAGUUGAGUUUGUCCUGGGAGAGAGCUUAGUAUUCGCAGCUGUCAACAAGCGGUCGAAGCCUUUGGUUGCCAGCCUAUUGAGAUACACAACGAAAUCUGCACCGGUGGGCAGUGGAGCCGUGGCCACACCAGCUCGGUUCUUGUUCACGCCUGACAUGACUGGUCCAUCGGAUAUUACACCUCUCCAUGUUGCAGCUACCAUCAGUAAUGCUGCUGCCGUUUUGGAUGCUCUAACUGAUGAUCCCCAACAGCUGGGGAUCAAAACCUGGAAGAAUGCCCGCGAUGCUAGCGGGUACACUCCAGAGGAUUACGCUCGAAGGAGAGGGCACACGUCCUACAUCCAGAUGGUCCAGAACAAAAUCAACAGCAGGUUACCUGCGGCCCAUGUGUCUGUUUCCAUGACCACCACUGGUAUCGCCGAAAAGCACGCAGAUGCAGGUCGGCCGAGAUCAACUGAUCAGACCGUAUUUGAUGUCGAGAAAAGCCCACCGGGAUGCAGACAAUGUGUCCAGCUCCAGCACAUUGCCUACCGGCCCUGCCCAAACAGGUUCUUGUCGAACAGGCCCGCGGUGCUAUCCUUGGUCGCCAUUGCCGCUGUCUGUGUCUGCGUAGGGUUGAUAAUGCAGAGCCCGCCGGUCAUCCGCGGUUUGCCGGGCCCUUUUCUCUGGAAUCACAUCCGUUGGGGACCCACUUGAAAUGGCCAGUCGGCUGCAGGUUCUGCUAUAGUCUGUGUACUCGAGAGUGAGGAUGCUUGUAAAUUGUGAUAGACCAAAGUGCAAAUUCUGUACAUUAUAUGAGUUGUGGAGUGCCUAACUCUGCUUAGGUAGCAGUAGUUCUAUUGCAUAUUCAACCUUUUCA